GUAAAUUUUCUUCAUCGUCAUUUGUUCGUCGCCAUUGUUCUUUCGUCGUCGUUGCCGUCGUUGAAAAUUAUCCAGCGAAAAAUAAAAAGUUACAGCAUUCAUUUGCAAUAUAUCUAGUAGAAAAGAAUUUAUUUAAAGUCAAAAAAUAAGUUUCAAGAUAAGGCCAAUAAAAGAUAUUCACAGCCGUGUGAAUCGAAGGAAAUAUAAAUAUAACACUUCGCUGGGGUGAAAUACAGCAGUGGAAAGUGUGGCUCAGCUGAAGAAAGAAAAAAUCAUUUGAUUAGCGCAGUAGCAGACUAAAAACAACAGCUCAAAUUCGUCUACGAGCAGAAAAUUUAACAAGAGUUUUAGUUUUCCCAGAAAGCAGUCUAACGUAGCGAAAGUCAUAGCAAAAAAUGGCUAUGAAUCCAGAAUACGACUACUUGUUCAAACUUCUACUGAUCGGUGACUCGGGCGUAGGAAAAUCUUGUCUUUUGUUGCGAUUUGCCGACGACACAUAUACAGAGAGUUACAUCAGCACAAUUGGAGUUGAUUUUAAAAUCAGAACCAUUGAAUUAGACGGCAAAACUAUAAAGUUGCAAAUUUGGGAUACUGCUGGACAGGAGCGUUUCCGUACAAUCACUUCGUCAUACUAUCGUGGCGCUCACGGUAUUAUUGUUGUGUACGAUUGCACAGACCAGGAGUCUUUUAACAAUGUAAAGCAAUGGCUAGAGGAAAUCGAGCGAUAUGCUUGCGAAAAUGUGAACAAGUUGUUGGUGGGCAACAAAUGUGAUUUGACCACAAAGAAAGUCGUCGAUACAACAACAGCUGCGGAAUAUGCAAAUCAAUUAGGCAUUCCAUUUCUCGAAACAUCAGCAAAAAACGCAACGAACGUUGAGCAGGCUUUUCUGACGAUGGCUGCUGAGAUAAAGAAUCGUGUUGGGCCGCCUUCAAGUGCCACUGAGAAUGCCAGUAAAGUUAAAAUUGAUCAAGGACGUCCAGUGGAAAACACCAAGUCCGGUUGCUGCUGAAUAACUCCGAAUGUGAAAACAUAUACACACAUUAUUUUAUUAUACUAAAAUAAAAAAAAAAAUUGAAAAUAAAAAAGAUAUCACAACAAAGAUGGUGAUGAUAAAGAAACAAAUGAUUAUGCUGCUGAGCUAAUACAUUUGUAAUGCGAUGGUAACGAUAAUGACACAGAUGAAAAUGGGAACACAAUUUACGAUGAUAACAACAAAGAAGCAUAAGAAAUAAAAAAAGAUCACAUUUUUUUAAGUACAUAGCAACAUGAAGUAAUGUUAUGACGGCGAACCUAUAAAACAAACCACAACAAACAGCGCGAAAAACUUUAAGUAAGAUACUUAUAACUAAUGUUUAAAUGAAACCUAAAUGUAAACAAAAGCGUAAAUACGGAGGGAAUGAAAAUGCAAAGAGAUGUGGGGGCGAAAGUGUGAGCGUAUCAUAUUAAUGAAGUUAUGAUGUAGUGUCUUUUCGGGCGUCUGAAAUUUCCCCUACCAUUUUAUAAUUAUUAAAAAUCCAUAGUAUAUAAAAUUUUGUGUUUAUAAGCCAAUUCGAUAGUCCAGCUGACCACUAUUGGUUGUCUGGGCAACUGAAUUGCUGCAAAUAUUAGUUUAUUAACUUAAUAAAUAAAAAGUACAUACGACAUACGCAAUUUAAUUGAAAAUAGUUAAA